AUGAGGCGUAAAGCUCUUCAAGUAAAAGGAAUGAGGCGCAACGCGCCUGAAAAGCCUGAAGUGGCUAAAAGGAAAUAUUUAACUCCUAGAGCGCCUGAUAUGAAACAUAGAGCGCCUGGAGAGCCUAGAACGCCUCAAAGGAAAAGCAAAGAGCCUAGGGAGCCUGAGGUGCCUGAAAGAAGAAGCAAAGCGCCUAAAGAGCCUGAGGCGCCUGAAAAGAGGCGCAAAGCGCCUGAAGAGCCUGAAGCGUCCGAAUGGAGGCGCAAGGCGCCUGCAAAUCCUGAAGCGGCUGAAACAAGACGGACUCAAGAUGUCGCACAAGCGACCGUAGCCCUUGUCAGUUGCAGCCAGUGUUGCUGCAAGCCCUGUGCAUCCCGAGAGAGGAGUCCCCCGGUCGCACACUCUUCUCCGAAUAAAACUCAACCAGAAUUAGAGGAUGUUUCGGACUCUGAAGAAAACAAGGGGCAGAAGGAGACGGUUCCUCGUCGCAAGAAGGACGAUAGACUUCCGAUCAAGAGAACAAGACAGUCUUCUCCACCUGCGCCUCUUUCGUCCCCUUCUCCUGAUAUUUCGCCCUCUAGGCUUCGUUCUGCUCCCCAGGGUUCGUCUAGAGGUGAUGGUAGACGUCAGGUUAGAGAAGAGAUCCCAUCAUGGCCUCCUCUCUCUUCUCGUCGAGAAGACCUCGGCAUUCCGACUUCGACGUUUCUGCUGGCGACGAGUUUGUUGCUGGAGGACAGAACUUUUGUAUGCGCCCUUCUCGAGUCAUCUCUUCCCCCAGGCUAUGGUGAAGGAUCUGGCAGUUAG